AUAAGAUUUACUUAGUAGUCAAUGGUUCAUUUUCAGCAACUAGUGGAGCUAUUGGGCUAGCUGGUAGAAUUUUUAAAGAACAAUUUCUAAUGCCUCGUGAAGAAGUAUUAAGAACCAAUUUAAAUAACUUAAAUAGUCGAAGUAAUACUAUUGUUACUUCUGAAACUACCAAUAGUAGUAGUUCUUAUCGAACUGCUCAGGAAAUAUAA